GUCAUAGUUUGAUAAUAUUAAUGAAAUUUCGAAAACCAAAAUUACACAAAUUCCUUGUUCUUAGUCCAAUAGUUUCAGGCCUUUUCCAUAGUCUUUAAAAUUUUGAAUUCAAAAAUCGAAAAUAAAAACAAUGCCAGUUGCCGUUCGCCUGAUAGAGGCUUUGGCCUUGAUCACUGUCAUGGGUCUGAUCACUUGCGUAUCGCUUAGUGUAAUUGUGGCCCAGAGGACGAUAAAUGUUGCCAUAUCCUGUAUACAGCCAGCGGCAAAUAUAGCUAGUGUCUUCUUGCUUAUGACUGAAAAGGUGCUGGUGGGAGCGCUAAAUUGUGUAGUGGGCAUGAUCAAUGUGGUGAGCAAUGCUCUCCAUGGGACUGGAGUGGCCUAAUUCAGUAUAAGCAAUUUGUAGGAGAUUCAAAAAUGCAACACCUUAAUGGCCAUUGAUACUUUUGAUAAUCCUAAUAUUUCGCAUAUUUUUUUUGUCAAUAUAAAAUUGUCAGUGUUA